AAUUGUAUAUUAGUCUGGGUGUUUUUGUUGUUGGUUGUGGUCUUAGUGGGGCAAUGCAAACACUCUCGUUGGCAUCCAUUUAUCGCUUCACCAUGGCAAGCUCGUUACUCAACAUUUUCUCAGACAGAACGGCUAGAAGCAUUGCGGGAAGCGCGGGAAAUGUUCUAUUUUGGCUAUGAAAACUACAUGAGUCACGCUUUCCCAGCAGAUGAACUUGAUCCGAUUCAUUGUACAGGCAGGGGACACGACCACGGAAAUCCUGCAAACAUUAAUAUAAAUGAUGUACUGGGAGAUUACUCACUAACUUUAAUUGAUUCUUUGGAUACUUUAGUUGUUUUGGGUGAUCAUGAAGAGUUUAAAAGAGCUGUUGCGCUAGUCAUUAGCUCGGUUAAUUUCGAGAAGAACACAACUGUACAGGUUUUUGAAGCCACAAUCAGAGUGAUUGGUUCACUUUUAUCGGCUCAUCUUAUUGCAUCCGACAAAUCACGUCUACUAGGUGAUUUCUAUAUCCCCGAGUAUGAUGGAGAACUGCUCACUAUGGCGCAUGACCUGGCGGCGCGUCUCCUCCCCGCUUUCGAAGGCACAAAAACAGGGAUUCCAUAUCCGCGAGUCAAUCUGAUGAGAGGGGUGUUACCAGGAACUGUCGAAGAGACAUGUACCGCUGGCGCUGGCUCGCUGCUUACUUACGAACGCACUGCCAGGCGCAUAAAUGAAGAGCUCUGGCGGCUUCGUGAUAAGAACACUGGUUUGCCAGGGAAUCUGGUCAAUAUUCAAACUGGACAGUGGGUUGGAUAUCUUAGUGGAGUGGGUGCUGGAUUGGAUUCUUAUUACGAAUAUUUUCUCAAAGCUUACAUACUGUUUGGUGAACCUCGGGAUCUGCAAUUGUUCAACGAGGCAUACGAUGCCAUCCUUGCAAAUAUGCGACGCGGACGUAGUCUUUGUAAUUCCGAUGGCGAACCUCCGCUCUUUGUCAAUGUCGAUGCACGUGAUGGUACUACCGCGAAUACAUGGAUCGAUUCACUGCAAGCGAGUUUCGCUGGGCUCUUAGUUCUGGCCGGUCAACUUGACGAAGCUAUCUGCCAACACGCAUUUUAUUAUGCGGUGUGGAGCAAAUAUGGAGUGCUUCCCGAACGUUACAAUUGGUUUCUUAAGCGUCCCGAUGUGAACUUCUACCCGUUACGUCCAGAGUUUGUCGAGUCCACAUACCUACUGUACCAGGCAACUAAAAAUCCGUUUUAUCUUCAUGUCGGACGAGAAAUACUCGACUCACUAAACACCAGGACUAGGGUAAGAUGUGGAUUUGCUACGGUUCACAAUGUGGACGAUGGUAGUCUGGAAGAUCGGAUGGAAUCCUUUUUUCUGGCAGAAACAAUGAAAUAUCUUUACCUUCUGUUCGAUGAGGAUAAUCCCGUUAAUCGACAUCAGGAACGGCUGCUUUUCACUACUGAAGGCCAUAUCGUACCGAUUCUUCACCGAUUUAGGAACCACUCUUUCCUGGAGUUUGAGGAUUCUGAGUCUGAAGAUUUUGGCCCUGAUGAUCAGGAUUUUUUGAAUGAAUUGGAUCCCACUGUUAUAACGUCAUACAAGGUCGAGGUACCACAACGUGUGCGGGAUAGCUAUGGUAGGUCAGUGGGAAAUUCAUCAUGUGAGACACCGGAAGCAUUUCCACGACAUGUUCCACCGCUGCGUGAUUAUCACAUGCGAGAGAUCUUCCAAACUGUCGGUUUGAUGUGGGAAUGGUUCAGCUGA